AUGGACUUGGUAGAUCCGUUAGCCGAACCAUGUGCGGUUUGUGGCGAUAAAUCGACUGGAACACAUUAUGGUGUUAUUUCAUGUAAUGGUUGUAAGGUAAAUAUUUUUAAAAAUUGAAAAAAGUUAUCUUAACAUUUAUAACUAAUUUAGUAUUCAGUAUUGUUAAAAAUUUAGAAUGUUUUCCGAUAAAAUCUUGAUUUUUCGUCAGCAAUUUGUAUAAUGAAUUAAAUUUAAAAAAAAGGUUUUCGCACAUGGUUUUACGGAACCUUUUUUAAUUUGUUUUUUCUAGACUUAUAAAUGUAAUUCCUUUGAGAAUUCUACAAUACCAAUUUUCACCAAUAAUUUUUCAUCAAAAAGUGAACUUUCAGGGAUUCUUCCGUCGAACUGUUUUACGCGAUCAAAAAUUCACAUGCCGUUUCAAUAAAAGAUGUGUAAUUGACAAAAACUUCCGAUGUGCUUGCAGAUAUUGCCGUUUUCAAAAAUGUGUUCAAGUUGGAAUGAAACGCGAAGGUUUGUUGUGUAGGUUGUCAUUCAUUUUUUCUUUCUUGUUUUUCAUUUUUCCCUGAAUUUUUAAUUUUUAAACAUAUUUGGGAUGAUUUUAAAAUAAUCUUCAAUUUGCAGCAAUUCAAUUCGAACGAGAUGCAAAUGGUUCUCCAACAUCAGCGAAUCAAGCAAAUGGUUCAUUCAAAAAAGACAGUCCACCUUCUUAUGGUGAUAUUAAUGGAGGAGCAAAUGGUGUUGGACAAGAAAAUAUUCGAAGUUCAUCAACUUCAAGUGUAAUUGAUGCAUUGAUGGAAAUGGAAGGAAGAGUUAAUGAGGUAUGUGAAAAUUGAAAAGUUUUUUGGACUAUUAACUCAAAAUUAGGAGGAGAGAAAUCUAGAGUAAUCCAAAAAAAAAUUUGUAGAUAAAUUUUUUAACAAAAAAUAUCUUGAAAUAUUAUUUUUGUGACUGAAUGGAAAACUCAAAAAUUGAACAGGGUCAGGAUAGAAUUUUCUUUUUGUAGUAAAUAUGGGCUUUCUUUUUUAUGGAAGAGAAAAUUGAUUUUGAAAAUCUUUCCUAUACCGAUUUUUCCCUCUCAUAGUUUUUAUUUUCAGGAAAUGUGCAAUCGUUACCGUAAUCGAUCAGUUAUUCAACAACAAGUUCCAGUUGUUUCAAUGGAAGAUAAUGGAAAUUUAACCGGAGGAGAAGGAUCUGCAUUUUCACAACCAAACAGACCGUGUACAGCAGAAGAUCUCAAUGAAAUAUCACGAACAACACUUCUUUUAAUGGUUGAAUGGGCAAAAACCAUCCAACCAUUUCCACUUUUAACAAUGGAAGACAAAAUAAUUUUGCUUAAAAACUAUGCGCCACAACAUUUGAUAUUGAUGCCAGCUUUUCGAAGUCCCGAUACAACACGAGUUUGUCUUUUCAAUAAUACUUAUAUGAGUAGAGAUACAAAUACUGAUUUGAAUGGUUUUGCUGCUUUUAAAACAAGUAAUAUUACACCAAGAGUUCUUGAUGAAAUUGUUUGGCCAAUGAGACAAUUACAAAUGAAAGAAGAAGAAUUUGUUUGUUUGAAAGUGAGUUCUCAUAUUGUUUUAUGAUUCAAUAAUUUGUUUUAUUCUAGGCACUGGCAUUCCUUCAUCCAGAAGCAAAAGGUCUUUCGAAUCAAUCUCAAACAUUAAUUCGAGAAGCAAGAAAUCGAGUUCUCAAAGCCUUAUAUGGUUUCAUUCUUGAUAAAAUGCCUGAAGAAGCUCCAACAAGAUAUGGAAAUAUACUUUUAUUAGCACCCGCUUUGAAAGCUCUCACACAAUUAUUGAUUGAAAAUAUGACAUUGACAAAGUUUUUCGGAUUAGCUGAAGUCGAUUCUUUAUUGUCUGAAUUUAUUCUUGAUGAUGAUAAAUCGACAGCACCAAAACAAUCCAGUACAACACUUCAGCAACAUUUAUCAUCUCCAACAACAUUACCAACAUCUGGGGUGAGUUUUGAGUUUUUGGAGAAUUCAGAAAAAAAAAGUAUCCUCAAAUAAGUUUUGAUCACAUUCUUUAAAUAUGUGGAACUUUUUGCUAAAAAACCUCUAAAGCUUAACAUUUUUAAAAUUUAAUCGAAAAAAAAUAUAACAUUUUAUUUCACAGUCUGGGACACGAAAUCUUCAAAAAUAUAUCCGCUUGAAAAUCUCGAAAUAGAGUCGAAUUUUUUCGAAAUAAAAAGCCCUAUCAUGUUCUGUUCCUUUAACCAUCAUUUUACUUAAUAGGUAUCUCCUGCUGGAAUAACUGGUGCAUUAUCAAGUGUUGGAAGUAAUUCAUCACAAUAUGGAAUGGUUCCAACUCCAACUGGAAUGUUAACCCAAGUUUCCCUUAAUAUGCAAGAUAUUAAACCCAUUUUUAGUUUAAACGGAAACGCGGAAAACAAUGUGAGUUUUACUUUUUUUCAAAAUUGUUCAUCUUAAUUUUUUUCAGGGGCAGCAAUAA